AUGAUUCCCUGCAAGAGCACUACGAAGGAAGAAAGGAAGAAAGGAAGAAAGAACUCGGAGCGAUGUGAUUUCAAACCUGGACAUCCUUCUCGUACGACCUGUGGCUUUGGUUUUGUGUGGAUUUUUCAUUUAACCUAUGCUAUGACUGGAUUGGAUUGGGCAAGGAAAUUCCGUAUUUACGAGAGGACGAAUGGGAUGGAUUGGUUGUUGAGAAGGAAGAUUGAUCUACUAGACAAUGGACUCAUGGAGAUCAAAAAGCCCAUUGUGGGAAAAUGA